UGCUCUCCUUUCGCAGUGCAAGCGGUGUGCGUGUGGGCUGGCGUCGGGAGAAGAGAGCGAGAGAGAGAGGGCGGCGGCGGGAGGUGAGCGCAUCCGCCCGCUCGCCUGACAGGUCCCUUUCCCGUCAGAGUGGGGGUCGAGACAGGGAAGGCAUCCCUCAGUGGUGCCGGCGGACACCCCGUACUCCUGGCUGCCCGAAGGCGGCGGCGAGGGGCACGGGCCCCCCAGGGGCCCCGGCGAGCGGCUUCUGCAGCAUGAGCAGCAGUAGAAUCGUCCGGAGAACUGCAGCGGAGAAGCAUCGGGCGGCGCAGCUCUUGCUGGCAGCUGUGACUCUUGGCUCCCUUUGGUGUGCGAUAGAGGCCCAGGUAAUAGGACUACUUGAUGAUUGCUUAUGUGACAUAGAAAGCAUAGAUGACUUCAACAAUUUUAAGAUCUUUCCCAAAAUACAGAAACUUCAAGAACGAGACUACUUCAGGUAUUACAAGGUUAAUCUGAAAAGACCAUGUCCGUUCUGGGCUGAUGAUGGCCAUUGCUCUAUCAGAGACUGCCAUGUAGAGCCUUGCCCUGAGAGUAAAGUUCCAGUUGGAAUUAAAGCUGGAAGUGCUAACAAAUAUUCAAAGACAGCAAACCAUACCAAAGAACGUGAAGACUGUGAACAGGCUAACAAACUGGGUGCAAUUAAUAGUACAUUAAGUAACCAAAGUAAAGAAGCUUUCAUUGACUGGGCCAGAUAUGAUGAUUCACAGGACCAUUUUUGUGAAUUGGAUGACGAGAGAUCACCUGACGCUCAGUAUGUGGAUUUGCUGUUGAAUCCAGAACGAUACACUGGAUACAAAGGGCCCUCUGCAUGGAGAGUAUGGAACAGUAUCUAUGAAGAAAAUUGCUUCAAGCCACGAUCUGUAUAUCGUCCACUAAAUCCACUGGCACCAACCAAGGGAGAGGAUGAUGGAGAAUCUUUUUAUACAUGGCUAGAAGGACUUUGUCUUGAAAAACGUGUAUUCUAUAAACUUAUUUCAGGACUUCAUGCAAGUAUCAACUUACAUCUUUGUGCAAACUAUUUACUUGAAGAAACAUGGGGAAGACCUCGUUGGGGAUAUAAUGUCAAAGAAUUCACCCAUCGUUUUGACCCUAUUGAAACAAAAAGCGAAGGACCAAGACGGCUAAAAAAUUUAUAUUUCCUAUAUUUGGUGGAACUGCGUGCAUUGUCAAAGGUUGCAUCAUACUUUGAGCGUUCAGUGGUGGACCUUUAUACUGGAAACUCACAGGAGGAUACAGAGACUAAGUCUCUCUUGUUAGAAAUCUUCCAAGAUACAAAGUCUUUCCCUAUGCAUUUUGAUGAAAAGUCCAUGUUUGCUGGAAACAAAAAGGAGGCCAGAUCUUUAAAGGAAGAAUUCAGGUUACAUUUUAAGAACAUAUCUCGCAUAAUGGAUUGUGUUGGAUGUGAUAAAUGUCGGUUAUGGGGGAAAUUACAGACUCAAGGUUUAGGAACUGCUUUGAAGAUCUUAUUCUCUGAAAAAGAAAUAAAGAACCUUUCUGAGAACAGUCCAUCAAAGGGUUUUCAGUUGACACGGCAAGAAAUAGUUGCUCUUCUGAAUGCAUUUGGAAGACUUUCUACAAGUAUACGAGAGCUACAGAAUUUCAAAGUCUUAUUGCAACAGAAAAGCUAACGAAGGCUUUGUACCUGUUGGUAGAAGCAACCACUAAUUUAAUACCAGGCACAGUGAAGCCAAUCUGCAUACAAUACUGUUCUAGAAAGGCAAGAAUAUAUAUAAUUCCAACUUGAAUAUUUAAAGUAGAAAAGGUUAGUCGUUGGACAAAAUAUUUAUGGAUGAAGUACCUGGCUUUAAUUAUGUAAAUUAUGUUUAUUUUCAACUAUUUCACUGUUCUUACUCUUUACUACUUUUGUUUCAUGGUCAUUCAAAAGGUUGCUUUACAUCACAGUGCAGGAACUUUAUCCAGACCGCAUUGCCCACAUGGAAAAGGGUCUUUGCAGCAUUAUCUAAAAAUAGCUGGUCGAGAUACUUUAAUUUUUUAUGUUUAUCUGAAGGAAUAGAUGAUAUUUAAGAAAAAGCUUUCUUGCACUUGUAUUUCAUUUGUUUGUUAUGGCCAGUAAAGAUUUUAGUAAAAUAAGCCCCUUGGCAUCCGGGGGAACUAAUUUUUGGGGCGUCUCAAGUUAUUUUUGUGUUUGCCUCCUUGCCCUCUUCUCCAUUUUUUCAUUUUUCUGCAGCACAGCUGCUUUCUCUGUGAGGUGACAAAACUGGGUUAAGUUACUCCAUCAGUUCUUAUUCUGAGUGGAUGAUGAAGGGGCCUUUCCCGUUAACUGCUGCUAGCUGAAAAAGUUUUAAGCUUUAUAGAGUCAUGGACCUUUAAUAUUCUAUUUCAGUCUUUCAAAAAUGUUACAAAUUCUUAUUAUCCUGGUGCUCUUAUAUUCAAAUACAAUAAGAAACAUAAAAUUAAAUAUUUUCACAGACCAAUGCCCUUUUUAAAAAAAAUGUCACUUCUAGAAUUCAACAGAGCAUAUCCUACCUAUGCAAUCUCUUAUUACAUCUUUAAAAAUAUAGCCUCUCUAAUAAAAUGGAUAUUCUAUAUGUUUGAUCCUAAAUCUUUAUCUUCAAAGAGGAAUCUGGUUAUCAGAACAGUUGCAGAUAAUAAACAUUUACAUUCUUAAUCUGUAAAUUGUGAAUGAGCACCUUAUUUAAAAGCUGUUUGUAAUGUAAUAUUUGUAUAAAGUGAGGGAUAUUUGAAUGAAUGUCAAUUUAGGUACAAUAUACAGAUUUGUACAUAUUUUGCUUUGCUUUGAUAAGUAAAACAGUCUUUACAAAAUGAAUUAAAAGUGCUCUUAAAUUCUUCUAAUUU